UUGAAAUGGAAUUUUGCAUAUGCCUUUCUGUGUUUAUAUUUUUUCUUUCCAGGUCUUCAGUGCUGCGUGGGGGAGGAGUUUUUUUUCACCUAGUUUUGGUGGAUCUUUCUACCAUGUUCUAUGGAAAAGUUGCUUUCUUGAUAUCAACGGUUUGGGACUGCACCGCGACACCCAGUGAAUCACACUUCCAUCUGUGGUUUAUUGCAUUUUCUCUCUAUAGUUGAAGUCUCGAUCUUUUUGUGUUUGUGUUUGUGGUGAUUUCCACUUACCCAUUUUUUUGUGUUUUCCUGUUGUUCUAUUGUUGUCCACGGUAGCCGGCAGGGAUGUGACGCUAGUUUCAGUUCCUCUGGGUCUUGAUCAGCGGUAAGAGUUGGUUCGGUGGAAUCUAGUCUCUGUGUUUCCAGAUGGUUCGGUUUCAACAAGCUGGGUAUUUUGGGUGGGCUGUGUUUGGUUUGAAUUUAGGCUUCUAAUUGGGUUUGAGUCUCCUCUGGGCUUUAUUGUUUUUGGUCCUUAUAUAUUGUUUAAUCCGAUGGUCUUCCUAAAUGCAAACUUCUUUCCAUUGCUAAAAAAGAAAAGAAAAGAAACUUCUGAUUCAAUUUGUUCAAUUCAUAUCCGGUUAUCAGUUGGCUUGGAACUCAAAAACCGUGCACAGCCUGCUUCGGCCAUCAAUGUCUGACGUAUUUUUGCUUAUCCCGUUCUACUUUCCAGUCACCGUAUAGUUUAUCCUCUCCCCGUCCUGACCGCCGACGGAACCCCCGGUGAGACCCACAGACCGGUUCUGUAUUCAAUCACAUCCGUGACCUUACUCCAACCUUAUAAGAUAAGAAUUAAUGGCACAAUUUCAUCAGCCUUAUGAUCCUUAUUACCAGCUACAGCAACCGCCACCACAACCACCACCACCAUCUGACCGGAACGGAAUUAAUACUCUGUUUGUUUCCGGACUGCCAGACGACGUCAAGCCUCGUGAGAUUCACAACCUCUUUCGCCGACGCCCCGGCUUCGACUCUUGCCAGCUCAAGUACACCGGCCGCGGCAACCAGGUUGUUGCGUUUGCUACCUUCUUUAAUCACCAAUCGGCAAUUGCAGCUUUGCACUCCUUAAAUGGAGUAAAAUUUGAUCCUCAAACUGGAUCUACUCUGCAUAUAGAGCUGGCCAGAACAAAUUCAAGGAGGAAACGUAAACCAGGUAGUGGAGCCUAUGUGGUUAUUGACAAACGAACUAAAAUGGCCUCUAAUGCGCAAGAAACAUCAAGUGAUGAUGGAGGCAGUGACUCUGAUGAAGCACCUGCUACUGAGAUUGCUGCUUCUGCCAACCAGGGUGAUUUAGGGAGUGUAAAGAGUGAGGCAGGUGGUGAGCCAGAAAAUGCUGCAGUAACUGCAAAUUCUGACAAGACAGUAGAAGGAGGUGGUAAUCCUUGUUCCACUUUGUUUAUUGCAAAUCUAGGACCAAAUUGUACUGAAGAUGAACUGAAGCAAAGUCUUUCACAAUAUCCUGGAUUCACUAUGCUCAAAAUGCGUGCUAAAGGUGGAAUGCCAGUUGCCUUUGCCGAUUUUGAGGAAGUUGAACUAGCCAAGAAAGCCAUGGAGGACCUUCAAGGAACCUUGUUACCAUCAUCAGACCGAGGCGGCAUGCACAUAGAAUAUGCAAGAUCCAAAAUGAGGAAGUCCUAGCAGAGGGAUAUGCGGCUACAAUUUUCUGUCACUGCCUGCAAACUCUGGUUCUUUCUUAUACAUGGCGCAGCAAUGUGUAGUAGCCUUUGCCUUUUUCUUUCUUAAAGGAUGAACCAAAAUGCCCAGUAUUUUGGAGCCGCUGAAAAACCAUACUAACUACUUGCUUGCUGCCAUUAUGCUGGAUUUUUUAAGGGGCCUUGUAUGCAUUUGGUGCUGAGCGAUCUGUAGCCUCUACAUUUGUGGAUGUGUAGUUUUAGAAAGAAUGCCAUAAAUGUUAGAGCUUGAUACUCCAAUUUCAACUUGAAAGUGAUAUUCCAUCCUGUAAACUUUUCUAGGCACAUUUCUCCGUUUUUCA